ACCAAAAAAAAAAAAAAACCAAAACUAAAGAAAAAUCAAAUCUUGGGAAUAGGGAAGGGAAGCAUUUGCAAUUGCAUGACUGUUUCUCCUGGACCUCCUCCUGCUUAAACAUAUUGGGAGAGAGAGAGAGAGAGAGAGGGGGAGAGAGGGAGAGAGAGAGGGAGAGAGAGAGAGAGAGAAAAGAGAGAGAGAGAGAGAGAGAGAGAGAGGAGCAUUGGAGUUUCCUCCUCAAUUUAUUUGGGUUUUUUUUUUUUGGCAUAAUCGCCAAAGUCUGUAUCCUUCCUUUGCUUUGGACCCUCCGAAGAAGAUCUUUUAAGGCUUAUUUUCUUCGUAUUCUGUAAUGGGCUUCAGAUAUUCUCUCUGUUGCAUUCUCCAAUUCCAUUAUCUAAGCUGAAACACAAACAAAAAUCUUCCCGUUUCAUUCAAUCUCUCAGAUUUUUCCUUUUUCUUUUUAAUUUUUUCAAUGGCCAAUGCAUCUGGGUUCUUCACCAGCCCAACAGUUCCUCGGGUGAGGAGGAACAUUCAGCCUUCGAUAGGGAUUUACCGAUCUGGGUUUUGCUCCUCUGACGGAUUCUCCAAAAGGGUUUUCUUCUGCUCCAACGCCAUUAAUCAAGGCGCUGAAAAGCUCUCACCUUCCGAAUCUCGACUUCCCAGGCUUGUCAGUAAAGGAUGCAAGUUAGUAGGAUCUGGCUCGGCAGUGCCCACUCUUAAGGUUUCCAAUGAUGAUCUUUCAAAAAUAGUUGAGACAUCUGAUGAAUGGAUAUCCGUUCGUACUGGUAUUCGUAAUCGACGUGUCCUAUCAGGCAAAGAUAGCUUAACGUCAUUAUCUGUAGAGGCAGCACGGAAAGCACUUGAGAUGGCGCAGGUUGAUCCAGAUGAUAUUGACCUAGUCUUGAUGUGUACAUCCACACCUGAGGAUCUUUUUGGCAGUGCUCCUCAGAUCCAAAAAGCACUUGGUUGCAAAAGAAACCCUCUGGCUUACGAUAUCACAGCUGCGUGUAGUGGAUUCGUAUUGGGUCUAGUUUCUGCUGCUUGUCACAUCCGGGGUGGUGAUUUUAAAAACGUUCUGGUGAUUGGGGCCGAUGCUCUUUCUCGAUAUGUCGAUUGGACUGACAGAGGAACCUGUAUACUCUUUGGGGAUGCUGCUGGUGCUGUAUUAGUACAGGCCUGUAACAGCGAAGAAGAUGGUUUAUUUGGUUUUGACUUGCAUAGCGACGGUGAUGGCCAAAGGCAUCUGAAUGCAAGUAUCAAAGAGAACGAAAUGGAUCAUGCAUUGGGUACUAAUGGUUCAGUGUUGGACUUCCCUCCGCGACGCUCUAACUAUUCAUGCAUUCAGAUGAAUGGAAAAGAGGUCUUCCGCUUUGCAGUGCGGUGUGUGCCGCAAUCAAUCGAGUCUGCUCUUGAACGGGCUGGCAUCCCUAGUUCCAGCAUCGAUUGGUUACUGCUCCAUCAGGCAAACCAGAGGAUCAUAGAUGCAGUUUCUACUCGAUUGGAAAUCCCACAAGAGCGAGUCAUAUCGAACUUGGCAAACUACGGCAACACAAGUGCCGCUUCAAUUCCGCUGGCAUUGGAUGAAGCCGUUAGAGGUGGGAAAGUGAAAGCAGGCCAUACCAUUGCAGCUGCAGGCUUUGGGGCUGGUCUCACUUGGGGUUCUGCUAUUCUCAGAUGGGGAUAAUGAAAUUUUUUUUUUAAAAAAAAAAGAAAAAAAAAAUUCAACCCCUCAUUGCCCACUCUCGAAAAAACGAAGAAGUCCAAAAGAGAAUUUCUCAAAAACAAAGCAGUCCAGUUUUGCAGUUGUUGUUUCCAUGUUCCCAUAUGUAAUGAAUAUGUUCAGCAUCACCUCCCAUUUGAUUGUUUGGCUUUUGUCACUUUUGUUUCUUUACCUUAGUUUUUGGCAACCUUAAUAAAAUUAAUUUAUUUUUCCCUCUCUCUCA